UUAACGUCGCGGCUGGGACGGAGGGAGCGCUGAAGAGGAGAGAGGAGAAGAAGUGACAACACGGGGGAAAGUACUGAUGAGUGAGGAGGUGCACCUUCACCGGGACCUAAGAGCGACUCCCCAUUUGUUUCCGCCCUCCUCUCUUUCUCCGUCUCCUUAUCCAUUCUCUGACCCUGUCCCCUCCUCCUUCACCCCCUCCCCUCUCUCUCUCUCUCUGUCUCUCUCGUUCUAUCGUCCGUGCUCUCCUCCCUCAGUCAUACCCGGCAGAACACAGCGCCUGGGUCACAGCUCUGCUUCUGUCUUGCCUUCCAGUGCCACUCUCUUCUCCACCUCUUCUGUCAUUCCGCAGCUUGUUAGGAACGAAAGAACAAGACCUAAUCAGAAGCUCUGAAGGAGAGAAAACCAGCGGGGGGAUGAACUGAGGAUCCCUCAAAGAAGUGAGGAGUCCCUGCUCUUCUGUCCUUCUCCUGCUUUAAAUGGAAGACUUAAUGUGAGCACACACAGAUAAAGAAAAAGCUUUUGUCGGUUUUAUUUUGCUUCUCAGAGUAAAGUGAUGCUCAUGGAGACUCAGCUUUUGAAAGUGAUCAACUGAAGACUUAAUCUACUCGGGGCAGAGAAAGGAACGUCAAAACAAACUGAACGAGGACCCUGUGCAAACGAAGGCGCGGAAUCAAGACUUCAGGUUUCCCCCCCCGCCAGCCUCUGUUUCCCCUCCUCCUGUCCCACCUGCACUUCCUCCUCUGCGUCUCGCUCCCUCGACCGAAGCUCAGCCAUGCAGGUGUCCAUCGCCUGCACGGACCACAACCUGAAGAGGGGGAAUGGGGACCACAGCAAGCAGAGCGCCACCAGCCCCAACGUGGUCAACCAAGCCAGGGCCAAGUUCCGCACCGUGGCCAUCAUCGCCCGCAGCUUCGGCUCCUUCACCCCGCGCCACAUCUCCCUCAAGGAGUCUACGGGGAAACACACGGGCAUGAAGUACAGGAACCUCGGAAAGUCAGGACUCAGAGUAUCGUGCUUAGGACUGGGUACGUGGGUGACAUUCGGAGGGCAGAUAACAGACGAGGUUGCAGAGCAGCUAAUGACCAUCGCCUAUGAGAGUGGAGUCAACUUGUUCGACACGGCUGAGGUCUAUGCAGGCGGCCGGGCUGAAGUCAUUCUAGGAAACAUUAUUAAGAAGAAAUGCUGGAGGCGAUCCAGCUUGGUGAUUACUACUAAACUCUACUGGGGAGGAAAAGCAGAGACGGAGAGAGGACUUUCAAGGAAACACAUUAUUGAAGGACUGAAAGGCUCUCUGCAGAGGAUGCAGCUGGAAUAUGUAGAUGUAGUCUUUGCCAACCGCCCAGACAGCAACACUCCCAUGGAAGAGAUUGUUCGGGCCAUGACUUACGUGAUAAACCAAGGCAUGGCGAUGUACUGGGGGACGUCACGGUGGACAGCCAUGGAGAUCAUGGAGGCGUAUUCAGUGGCAAGGCAGUUUAAUCUGAUCCCUCCAGUGUGUGAGCAGGCAGAGUAUCAUCUCUUCCAGAGGGAGAAAGUAGAGGUGCAACUUCCUGAGCUUUACCAUAAGAUAGGAGUCGGGGCAAUGACAUGGUCACCACUGGCCUGCGGCAUCAUCACAGGGAAAUAUGAAAAUGGCAUUCCUGAAUCCUCCAGGGCGUCCAUGAAGUCCUAUCAGUGGUUGAAGGAGAAAAUAGUGAGUGAGGAUGGAAGAAAGCAGCAGGCCAAGCUGAAAGAGCUCAACCACAUUGCAGAGAAGCUGGGGUGCACCCUGCCUCAGCUGGCCGUGGCGUGGUGUCUAAGAAAUGAAGGAGUGAGCUCAGUCCUCCUGGGAACAUCCAACCCUGAACAGCUCACUGAAAACCUUGGGGCCAUACAGGUCCUUCCCAAGAUGACUUCUCACGUGGUAUCCGAUAUUGACCAUAUCCUGGGCAACAGACCAUACGGCAAGAAGGACUACCGCUCUUAGACCAGGCUGGUGGAUCACCAAGAGGUCAGCUGUACCUACCUACUCAACCAUACCGCUACCUUGGACCCUCCGUUCAGUGUUCAUGUCCACGGUUCUCUCCUUGGGCCCCACUCAGCUCCAGCCCAGCUCAGCCUGGGACAGACAGCCCCGCUAAGUCCAGCGUUGCAUACUGUAACUUUGUCUGUUUGAGACUCGUUCCUGCUCAGAUCAGCUCUGCCAGGUUCAUCUCAGGUGCAGUCCAGCUCAGCCAAGAAACUCAACAAACUCAGCUUUCUUUCAGCCUUAAACACGACUUAAUCCCUAUGAGUAAAAACUUUUGCGCCCUCCAAAUAACCUGUAACUAUGCAGAGCUUAGAGCAGCCCAUGUUAAAAUUCAGAUUCAUUUAAAAGCAAAGUUUAACGUCCUCCAAGCUCCUCAUCUUAGAGAUCUUCAGCUGCACAUCUGCGUCCACUUGGUAGAUAAACGAAGAGCAGCAACACACAAGGAUUUAAAGUAAAAGUGCCUUGCUCCUUGGCACCUUGGCCCAGUUCAGACCCUUGAGUCACUUGACUAUCUCAAAUUAAGACCUCCAUUCACAUGCGAUUUAAAAUGAGCACAAAAUUCUUAUUGGAUACAUGUAAUUUAUGAGAACUACUGUACUACAGCUGAAUGCAUCAAUGCAAGCACCUUAGACAACGCAGGAAUAAGAGGUACCUCCUGAUCCUGUACUUGAGGAAACUCAAGUUGCAUGCUGAACAACCCCAGUCAGUUAGUCAGCGCUUUCAAUAAAUUGCAAUGCAGUGCAGCGAACAUAAUUACCAUAAGAGCUUAAAACCUUCACCUCCGUGUCAGAAGUGCACGUUCCAGUCAUGGAGUAAAACGUCUUCUCCAUAAAAUGGCAUUGACAAGGUGACCCUUCUCAAAACAGUAGGAAAUGGGCCUUCAUGAAUAUGAAUGAGACCUCGACAAACAGUUCCCUUUUAGCUUGAAUCAGCUUUCAACUACCUACCAGAUGUACCCAACCAUAUUUAGCACAGUAUGAAGUAGAAGUCAGGCUGCAGAUCCUGAGAGUAUUAACCAACAGAUGCAUGUUUCCAUACUAUAGUGUGCCUCUUUCUUCUUUUUGACAAAGCACAUGAAUAAACAGCAGACAGGUUACUGUCAGGGACACCUGGUGAGGCAGAGGAUUGUUAAAAGUAUAAAUUGGACUCUGUUAGGGGAGAGUGUGAAGCAUGUCGCCCCCGUGUGGUCCUUUAGAGGAAGUGCUAUUUUACAAAGUCAGAUGAGAAAUGUUGAUUUAAAAAAAAAAAAGAAAGAAAAAAAGACUUUCCUCUCAGUUUGUUUUUGCCUGUGAACUGAACCUGCAUCGUCCGUUUGCUUGAAAGAACCCUGGGGAAGUGGAUUCAUAUGAAUGAGCUUAUGACCAAUCUAUGAAAUGAAAGAAUGCGUACGCUCUGGUCAUAAUAAGAAAUAACUGCAAAAACUGCUUGUUAACGGCACAGCACAUGACAUGUAAGCAAGGUACUUGGGAUGUGGCAAAGAUUACAGUAUUUAUUCUAGAGUAGAUAAUACAUUUAUUUUUAAAUAUUGCCUUUGUUUGACAAUGAUACAUGUAUAUAAAAUGUUAUGGUAUACAUUGUAACAUAAGCAACACCACUGAGAAGCCUCUCCUACAUGUGAGGACUUCACCGUACUGUAUGGCUAAUAUAUAAAUAAGAUGUAAAUAGAGUUAUUUUAUUGCUCCUCUGCAGCGCUGCAUCAGCUGCAGUGUUUGAGUCACUCUUCAUCCCAUCCUGCUCCUCUUGGCCCACUAUACACCGUCACAGGAUUCAUUUCUGACUCCUGAAAGAGACACAUUUAUAAUAAUAUAUUUAUUGCUUUUGCAUUUUCAAGUCAAUUAUGAAUUCUGCAUUUAUAAUAGAGGUUUUAAGAAUGAGCUUCUGUUAUGAGUCACUGAUAAUGAGCUUAAAUGCUUCUCAACUACUUUACUUGACUUUAAUUCUCUGACCAGGUGGUUCAUAUUUGUCAUCUUUUUUUUACCCUUUUUCUUUUGUUCUGUUUCAUCUGGAAAACAAGCCAUCACUGAGAGUCAGCAGAAAUGUUGGCCAGGUUCCAGCUUAGUCUUUGUGCGCAUUUGUUGACUUGCAGAACAAACACUUUUCAUAUUUCAGUCAAAGGGCGUUUCAGUUGAUUGCAGCCACACGUACAUUUGCCAGAAAUUCUGUUUUGCAUGUGGGGAUGAAAGAACAGGAAGCUUGGCCUCGCUUCACCAACAGUGACCCUUAUUUUGAGAAGACUAGUCUUAGAUGAUGACUUGGUUUCAGCCUUAGUCAUCAUUGUAAUAGAAACGACUGGACACACACUACAAAGUUUCACUUCCUUUUGUGUGUGUGUGUUUUUAUGGUGAAUAGUCAGUAACAGGUUAUUCCACAGUCUUAUUUACUCAUUGGCAGAAAUGCUUAAUAAUAUGUAUUGUAAGUUUGUGUGCAAGUUAACAAGUUGCCCUCAGUUUGAGUCAGGACUGUGGACUGUGGCCACCCGGUGCAGUGCCUUGACUUGACUCCAGCAGCUGGAAUAAAUUCAGGGAUGUCUUUCAUUACAAGUUGGUGAAUGGAGUUUGGGUGCUGGCCUGUAAAAUAGUGUGAGAAUAGAACAAUAUGUAAGCAGACCAGAGAUACACAUUUAUACUAUUAGUUUGGCUGACAUGCACUCAAGGAAGUUUGUAACGUGAUGGAUACAGUUCCUUGAUUUGUCAUUGUUAGUUAGCUCCAUUGUGGUCUUUCACUUUUUUGUUGCGAGUGUUCAGUUUCAUAAGGAUACAUGCCAUUCUUUGAUGUGGUUAGCUUGGUUUCUGCUUGGACCAGCUUUGUUUAGAGCCAUUCAAAUUAUUAUCAGCUCCAAUGACUCUGUGACAAACUCUACUUUGUUUUACUAGAGAGAAACAAGCAAUACAACAGUCUUAUGGUGAUUAGGAAAUACUCAUAUUAAUGACCAGCACGGAGGAUUUAGUGACAUAUACUGGUGAGGAGGCAGAUUGCAUCCACCUGAACAACCCUCUCUCAUCUCCUUUUUUCUGGGAAACAAAUCCAAAGACCAAAUGGGACAAAGCAACAAACACUUCGUCUGCAGCUGAUUUAUAACCUACUGAUUCUGUCAAUAUUAUAAAAUCCUGCAACAUUUAUCCAAGAUAUCCCGUGUUGUAUGAAUCCAACUUCACCAGAUGAAAGCGGUGUCUACCACAGACUUCCAUUGUUUUCUACAACAUGUUGAUGUGUUGAUGGAAAAGACUUGAUGGAUAUUUAGUUGUGUUUUUUCUUUGUGUGACAUAAAUCAUCCUUGGAUUUUUUUUUUCCUUUCUGAACAACAGUUUCUCUGUAAAUAAUCUAUAUGAAAGUGUGAUUAUAAAUAAAUGCAUUGUCAAUGGAAA